CACACUCCAUUUCGUCGCAUGUUUGGUGACGUCCAAUAAUCGAUCCGCUUUGAGGUCUCCGGGGCCGAGGCCUAGAGACUUGGUUUUUGUAACGCGUACAAUUUUUGCUUCGAUGCCUGUAUUUCGGUGCCCGCUUUGACCGGGUGUGAACCGAUGAAGCUCUUCCGUCGGUGAUUGAAGCGGAAACGGUCCGAAACGUUAGCUAGCUAACCGUAGCUACUGCUAACUGCCAGCGAGGAAGUGAGAAAGAGAAAAAUGACAUCUCGGAGGUGGUUUCACCCCAACAUCACAGGUGUGGAGGCUGAAAACCUCCUGCUCACUCGGGGAGUGGACGGGAGCUUUUUAGCCCGACCCAGUAAGAGUAAUCCAGGAGACUUUACCCUCUCAGUACGGCGAAAUGGAGCGGUCACCCACAUUAAGAUCCAGAACACAGGAGACUACUAUGACCUUUAUGGGGGGGAGAAGUUUGCCACUCUGGCCGAGCUGGUGCAGUAUUACAUGGAGCAUCACGGCCAACUGAAGGAGAAAAACGGAGAUGUCAUUGAGCUCAAGUAUCCACUCAACUGUGCGGACCCCACGUCCGAGAGGUGGUUCCACGGCCACUUGUCGGGCCGGGAGGCCGAGAAGCUGCUGACGGAGAAAGGGAAGAACGGCAGCUUCCUGGUGAGAGAGAGCCAGAGCCACCCCGGGGACUUUGUUCUGUCUGUCCGGACGGGAGACGACAAGACGGACAGCAGUGACAGCAAACCCAAAGUCACUCAUGUCAUGAUCCGCUGCCAGCAAGACCUGAAGUACGACGUGGGCGGAGGGGAGAAGUUUGACUCCCUCACUGACUUGGUAGAGCACUACAAAAAGAACCCGAUGGUGGAAACUCUGGGCACUGUGCUUCAGCUCAAACAGCCCCUGAACACUACCCGUAUUAACGCAGCAGAGAUUGAAAGUCGAGUUAGGGAGCUGAGCAAACUAGCGGAGGCCACAGACAAGGUCAAACAAGGCUUCUGGGAAGAAUUUGAGACGUUGCAGCAGCAAGAGUGCAAGCUGCUCUAUAGUCGCAAAGAGGGCCAGAGAGCAGAGAACAAAAACAAGAACAGAUACAAGAACAUUCUGCCUUUCGACCACACGCGUGUGGUGCUGAAUGACAGGGACCCAAAUGAGCCAGGCUCUGACUACAUCAACGCCAAUCUCAUCGAGGUAGCAUCUGCUGUCGUGCCGGAGCUGGACCCGAAGUGUAACAGUACAAAGGCGAAGAAGAGCUACAUCGCCACUCAGGGCUGUCUGCAGACCACCAUCAGUGACUUCUGGAGGAUGGUGUUUCAGGUGAACUCGCGAGUCAUCGUCAUGACCACCAAGGAGGUGGAGAGAGGAAAGAGUAAAUGUGUGAAGUACUGGCCGGACAUGUCGGCUCUGAAGGAGUACGGUGCGAUGCGUGUUCGCAACGUCAGAGAGACAUCUGCACACGACUACAUCUUAAGAGAACUCAAACUCUCCAAAGUCGGACAGGGCAACACAGAACGUACAGUUUGGCAGUACCACUUCAGAGCGUGGCCGGACCACGGAGUCCCCACAGACCCAGGAGGCGUACUCGACUUCCUAGAGGAGGUCAACCUGAAGCAGGAGAGCAUCCUGGACGCUGGGCCCAUAGCGGUACACUGCAGUGCAGGGAUCGGGCGGACAGGAACGUUUAUAGUGAUUGACAUCCUGAUAGAUGUGAUCAGAGAAAAAGGUGUGGACUGCGACAUCGACGUGCCAAAGACCAUCCAGAUGGUCCGUUCCCAACGCUCUGGGAUGGUGCAGACCGAGGCGCAGUACAGAUUCAUCUACAUGGCUGUGCAGCACUACAUAGAGACGCUGCAGAGACGCAUAGAGGAGGAACAGAAAAGUAAGAUUAAAGGGCGCGAGUACACCAACAUCAAGUACUCCUUGUCUGACCUGACUGGGGGAGAGCAGAGCCCCCUGCCCCCCUGCACUCCUAUUCCUACUCCCACCUGCACAGAGAUGAGGGAGGACAGCUCCAGAGUGUAUGAGAACGUGGGCCUGAUGCAGCAGCAGAAGAGCUACAGAUGAGAUUCACCUUUCACCCUAGUGCUCUUUCAGUUCCGGGAUCUUGAUACCUGACAGUUGUUUCGCCAGCCACACCGUGACGCCUGACAUUUGACCGUAAUGACAUGGAACAAUGGAAAAAAAACCCAAAAAACGUGAGAGAGACCCUGACACCGGGGUCCUCCUGUUCUCGCUCAUCAUACAUGAACAUUUGCCCUCUAGUUGAAUUCUGAACCACUGUGAUGAUCGUCAGAAGAGCCUCUGAGAAGCCUAACAUGCUAAAUCCUACUAAACAACCGCUUGGGUUAAGCCUUCGUAAAUCUCCCCCCAACAAGGGCUGCAAACGGCGAGCUCUCUCCUCAGAGGGGGAAAACCUAGCUAAUCUUUGCUCAUCUUUAUUUUGCUGUUUUACCUUUUUUUUUUUAAUUUAACAACCAAAGGAAGGUCAUGUAGAUUGUUUGUUUGGAGACGGAAGUGAGGAGUUUCCUGAAAAGGCUUGUGCCAAAACCACAAAAGGUUUUAUCCACAUUUCUCAGCCAAUUGGAAGUCUCCAUUCGGCCUGUUCAUUGGGAGACGAGGCCUUAUAUGUGGACACAAGUGGGGCAAAUUUUCCAGUGAUAGUUGUCUAGUUUUCCCUGUGUUAUAUAGAGUAAUGUUUCAGAAUGAAGAACUAUUGGCAUUGUAGUGUACUACCAUAUUUACUGUUGAUCUUUAAUCCACUGACUUCUAAACAUGAAUUCCUUUUAUUUCUUUUUGCGCCAGAACUGCCUGGAAGAGAGACUUUAAUUCAGGCUGUUCGGAGCGUGAAUUAACUUAACGUCGUCCACAUGGGUUAAAUGUGUUCUUUGUUUUUGGGAUACACAGUGUCUGUUAGUUAACCAUUCCUGAGCUCAAGCCGAAAGCCCUUUUUGCUGCACUUUUACUGAGCAGCAUAACCGUUACAGUCAAGCCUUGAUUAACCUGGUGGAUUUAUAAAUAAUGUAACGCGGGCUUUAAAGAGGAGUUUCUUCACGCCUGCAUUUCUGUGUUAAAGUCAGUGUGAGGACAUAUAAUGAGAUUUCAGGGCACUCUGUUAAGUAUCUCAGUUGCAGGCAUCGCCACAGACGCACGGCUUGUUUUUGUAAUUUUUUUAAAGUGCAUAUUUACUUAUUUUCAUUCUUGCUUCUUUUUUUCCUUUUUUUUUUUUUAAGAGAAAUGCCUUUUGUGUACCAUUGCCUAUGUUGAGCACCACAUGUACUUAAUUUUAACAGUCACUGACUGACUUAAAGAAGCAUUCACACAUCUCUCCGCUUUGGCACUAUAGAUACAGUAUUUAUCGUUGUGGUUGUAGAUUGUUGGCUCUGUGACAGUCAGCUGGAUUCAGUAGUUCAUGCACACACACACACACACGCACACGCAUGCUUACACUUUUCUUUCUGUCUUGUCUUUUUGUUAAAGUUAAUCCUAGUAACAUGUAGAAGAUUGAUUCCUCUGUCUGUACGCUAAAUAGGAAGCUACAGUUAGCAGCUAUUUAGCUUAGUUUAGCACAUAACAGGUGAAAACAGCUAGCGUAGCUUUCUCCAAAGCUAUCAAAAACACAUACCAGCAUCUCUAAAGCUAAAAAAUGCUCAGUUUAAUCUAUAUAAAAUAACAAAAGUGUUAACUUGACAAGUCAAUCACAAGUUAAGGUCCAAAGGAUUUGUCCCCUUCAGACAGAGCCAGGCUAGCAGUUUCCCAUUACCUGCCUGUCUUUAUGCUAAGCUAAGCUAUUACCUGCUAGCCCUAGCUUACUUUUUGGCGUACAGAUAUGAGAGACAGGUAUUGAUCUUUUUCAUAUAACAAGCAAGUGUAUUUCUCAAAAUGUCAAAACUACUCCUUUAAUUUUACCGUCACAAUCAGCAGCAGUAUUUAGGGAAGUCCAAUGUUUUGUUUCUGCAAUAUUCUGUGGGAAUCCACAGCGCUCAUUUCAAACGCGUGGCCUAAGUAUUUUCUCUUUGUCUCCGCCUUCCCAUCACUACGCCUUGAGGAACUGCAGUCUGGCGACUGAACUGUAACAGCUCUGACUCAGAAUCUCUUCAUUUGACAAAAGGAAAAAAGGAGAUCUGUGGCUCUCCUCUUUGCCUUGAGGGACAGUUCUCAAGAACCACUGAUCCAGGAAUGGUCAGCUUCUUCCUCUAACAACUUAAAAAUCAUGAAAUCAGCAUUUGUUUGUUUUUCGGGGGGCGAUGCUUCCUCCCUCUCUCUCUCUCUCUCUGUCUCCCUCUCUCUCUCUCUCUCUCUCUCUCUCUCUCUCUCUAUCUCUCUCUAUCUCUCUCUCUCUCUCUAUACAACCCUGAUGAGAUAUUCUGACGUGUGGUGUACUGUAUGCAGUUUUAUGUCAAAACAUGAGUUUGUACUCUUCUGCUAUUUCAUGGAGUGCUUUCUUUGUGGGUGUGUGUGUUGUGUAUGCAAGGAUGUUUUGUGUGGGUGUGCGCGAGGACGUUUUGUGUGUGUGGUGUGUGUGUUGUGUGGGUGUUUGUGUGUGUGUGUGUGUGGGUGUGUGUGUGUGUGUUGUGUGUGUGUGGUGUGUGUGUGUGUGUUGUGUGGGUGUUGUGUGGUGUGUGUGGUGUGUGUGUGUGUGUGUGUGUGUGUGUGUGUGUGUGUGUGAGGGGGUGUGUGUGUGUGUGUGGGAAGUGUUGGUGUUGUGUGUGAGGGACGUUGUGUGUGGCGAGUGUUGUUGUGAGCGUGCGGCUGCCUAUCAGCCGUGUGUUCUUGGAUACUUUUUGUUUUUCUUCCCUGAUGAUAAAACUGCUCUCCAUUUAUUAUCAUGUAAGCAAUUUUAGAUGCAUAGACGUGCCUUCUAUGCAUAUGCCUAAGUGUAUGUGAUAGCUAUAAAAAAAAACAACUGUGCUCAUCAGUUCCACCGCCAUUCAAGAACCUUUAACACUUAAAUGUGAUUCCUUUCAUCCUGAACAAAAAAAAGCG